UUAAACAUACUAUUAUUUACAAUUUGAAAUUUCUCUAUCUGAUUUCCAUGUCCUAAGUCUUGUUUUUCACGACAUGGUUCUAUUUAAGAUGUUUCUUCAUUGGCUACACUUGAAGCUGCUUUUCUAAGAGUUUCUUGUUUAAAAUGUUGAGCUUUGUUGUAUCUUAUGAGUGCGUGAGGAUGAUGGCUUUUCUGUUUGCGUUUGUUGCAAUUGUGUUGUGGGAUUGUGCUGCGGGUAAAGAGUGCACAAACAAUCAUGCUCAAUCACAUGCUCUUCGUUACCAGUUAUUAACAUCCAUGAAUGAAACUUGGAGCAUAAUGUCACAUUAUGAUUUGAAGCCAAAGGAUGACAACCACGUAUGGGCUGAUUUGCUUCCAAGGAAGUUGUUGAAAGAGGAAGAGCAACAUGAUUCGGAUAUGAUGUUCAGGAAAAUUAGGAAAUUGAAGCCACCCCAACCCCAGGGUUUUCUGAAACAAGUGUCUCUGCAUGAUGUGAGAUUGCAUGAAGGUUCAAUCCAUGCUCAGGCACAACACACAAACUUAGAGUAUUUGUUGAUGUUAGAUGUGGACAGGUUACUCUGGAGCUUUAGGAAAACAGCUGGUCUUCCAACUCCUGGAACACCAUAUGGAGGGUGGGAAGAUCCAAAAAUGGAGCUUCGGGGUCAUUUUGUUGGGCAUUAUUUGAGUGCAUCAGCUUUAAUGUGGGCCAGCACACAUAAUGAUACCUUGAAGAAGAAAAUGUCAGCUCUUGUUGCCGAUCUUUCUGUCUGUCAGGAGAAAAUUGGCACAGGAUAUCUCUCUGCAUUUCCAUCAGAAUUUUUUGAUCGAUUUGAAGCUACUAAGUAUGUUUGGGCUCCCUAUUACACCAUUCACAAGAUCUUGGAUGGCCUUUUGGAUCAACAUUCUAUAGCCGGAAAUCCUCAAGCUUUAAAAAUAGUGACAUGGAUGGUAGACUACUUUUACAACCGAGUACACAAUGUUAUAACAAAAUUUAGUGUAAGUAGACACUAUCAAUCACUGAAUGAGGAAACUGGAGGCAUGAAUGAUUUCCUUUACAAACUAUACAGCAUAACGGGAGAUCAAAGGCAUCUAUUGCUAGCCCACCUUUUUGACAAACCAUGCUUUUUAGGGUUGCUUGCAGUGAAGGCUAAUGAUAUAGCUGAUUUUCAUGCUAAUACACAUAUCCCGGUGGUUGUUGGAUCUCAAGUACGCUAUGAAGUCACUGGUGAUCCACUUUAUAAGGAAAUAGGAACAUUCUUUAUGGAUCUUGUUAACUCUUCUCAUACUUAUGCAACUGGAGGGACAUCAGUCAACGAAUUUUGGGGUGAUCCAAAAAGAAUGGCAGACGCCCUAAAAUCAACUGAGAAUCAGGAAUCGUGCACAACUUACAAUAUGUUGAAGGUUUCACGGCACCUGUUUACAUGGACCAAAAAGGAAUCAUAUGCAGACUAUUAUGAGCGUGCCUUAACAAAUGGUAUACUAAGCAUUCAAAGAGGAACAGAACCUGGAGUUAUGAUAUAUAUGCUUCCACAAGGUCGUGGGGUUUCCAAGGCUAAAACUAGCUUUGGUUGGGGAACCAAGUUUGAUAGUUUCUGGUGCUGCUAUGGAACAGGAAUUGAAUCAUUCUCAAAGCUGGGAGAUUCUAUCUAUUUUGAAGAGGAAGGGGAAAAUCCUACUCUUUACAUCAUCCAGUAUAUAUCAAGCUCAUUUAAUUGGAAAUCUGGACAAAUUAUCCUUAAUCAGACGGUUGUUCCAGCUGCUUCAUGGGAUCCUUUCCUACGAGUGUCAUUUACAUUUUCUCCUACUAAGAAUACUGGUACUUCAUCUACACUAAACUUCCGACUACCAACUUGGACAUAUAAGGAUGGUGCAAAAGGCCUUUUAAAUAAUGAGACUUUAUCUCUGCCAACCCCAGGUAAUUUUUUGUCAAUCACACGAAAAUGGAAUGCUGGUGACAAGCUAAGCCUUCAAUUGCCCAUUACCCUCAGAACAGAGGCCAUAAAAGAUGACAGGUCUAAAUAUGCCUCUAUUCAAGCAAUUCUUUAUGGUCCGUAUCUUCUUGCUGGUCACACCACUGGUGAUUGGGACAUUAAAGGUGCACCAAAUGCAUCUGUAGCAAACUGGAUUACUCCAAUUCCAGCCACCUACAAUAGUCGAUUAUUCUAUUUUUCUCAAGACUCUACAAAGUCAACUUCUUGUUUGACAAAGUUAAACCAAUCAUUAGCAAUGAAAAAAUUACCUGAGCCUGGAACUGAUUUGGCUCUUCAUGCAACUUUUAGAGUGAUCCAAGUAAAAUCUUCCGGAAAGUUUACCACAUUGACAGAUGCUAUUGGUAAAUCAGUGAUGUUUGAACCAUUUGGUCAUGCGGGAAUGCGAGUGAUUCACCAAGGAAUACAACAUCCUCUUACAAUUGUAGGCACUUCCUCGAGUGGAUCAUCUUCUGUCUUUGUUGUGGUACCAGGAUUUGAUGGUCGAAAUGAAACCAUAUCUUUGGAAUCCAAAAGCCAUAAUGGUUGCUUCGUGCAUAGUGGUUUGCAUUCUGGUGGAGGAGUGAAACUCAUUUGUAAGACUGGUUCUGAUGCCAUAUUUAACCAAGAAGCAAGUUUUAUUGCCAAGAGAGGAAUAAGCAAAUAUAAUCCUAUCAGUUUUAUGGCCAAAGGGAUAAACAGAAAUUUUCUUCUAGAGCCUUUAUUCGCCUUCAGAGAUGAGUCUUAUUCGGUUUAUUUCAACAUUAAAGGUUGAUACAGGUUUUUAGGUCCUCCACUCCCACUGUACACUUGAUAUAGGAGUUGAAAUAAAACUGUUUUAAGUUUCAUCUUAACACCAAUUAAUUAGUUGUGGACUUAUGGUUAUGGUACUCAAUGAUUAACAUGAUGUUUGAUUCGUUUUGUGCAUUAUUAUCAAAAUGAGUCAAACAUCCAAACUAGACUAAAUUCCUUACUUUACGAGUUUAUCGUUCUAUUGAACUGUCACAACAAUAUUUUUUUUCCUUCUCAUUUUCAUCCUUAGAAACGGAUACGUUAAAUUCCAUCUAUUUUGAAGAAGGGAAUGAUCCAAGUCAACGAGUAUAUGAGGUGAUGACAGUGAUCACUUGGAGGAGAAUCUUUAGGAGAUACCUCUAUAGCCUUCUUCAAGUCAAGUAAUCACCUAUAAGGAUUUACGAACUAUGACUCUCAUGUCAAUGAGUAUAAGAGGUUUUGAGAGUGAAAAAUAAGAAUGAAUGUGUAUCUAGUGUCAUCUAUAAUAGCCUUAUAAGAACCAUACAAUAC